AUGACGACGGUGUUCCCCACGCAGAGAUUGCACAACAAGACGGUGCUCGUGACGGGAGCAUCCGGAGGUAUCGGCAAGGCAACUGCGAUCCUGUUUGCGCGUGCUGGAUGCAAUGUGAUUUUGACGGCGCGUCGGGCGGACGAGCUGGCGGCUGCAGCGACCGAAUGCUCCCUGGCGAAUCAGCAGGGCCAGACGGGCGCAGGCGGGAACUUUGCGGCGAUCACGCUCGACAUGCGCGAUCGCACGCAGCUCGACGGCCUGCUCCCCAGCCUGCCUGAGUGGGCCAAGAACGUCGAUAUCCUCGUCAACAACGCCGGGCUGGUGCUCGGCACGGACAAGGUCGGCGACAUCUCGCCGGACGAUAUCGACACAAUGAUCGACACCAACGUCAAAGGGCUGAUCCACCUGACGCAGAUCUUUGUGCGCGAGUUCAAGGCGCGCAAUGCGGGCCACAUCAUCAACCUCGGCUCGAUCGCCGGGCGCGAAGGCUACCCCGGCGGCUCGAUCUACUGCGCCUCCAAGUUCGCCGUCAACGCCUUCACCUCGGCGCUGCUCAAGGAACUCGUCGACACGCCCAUCCGCGUCACCGAGAUCCAGCCGGGCAUGGUCGAGACCAGCUUCAGUGUCACGCGCUUCCGAGGCGACAAGGCCGCCGCCGACAAGGUGUACCAGGGCCUGCAGCCGCUGAGCGGCGAAGACAUUGCCGAGGAGAUCGUGUGGGCUGCUAACAGGCCGGCCCAUGUCAACAUUGCCGAGACGCUCGUGUUCCCCGUGAACCAGGCCAGUCCGUAUCAUGCCUACCGCGGUGGCAACUAG